CGGUUUCACUGUCCUGUUCCCGGGCCGAGUGGUUCGGAAGCCCUCCCAAGUAUUUCUGAAAGAGGGUUUACACAGUUUGGGGUUAACUGCUACAUUGAAUUAAACAGUGGAAGUGCUUGUUAACCUUACAUCUCAAUCAGCCCCUCCUUGAGAUGAGCAGUUAACUUAGUUCAAGUUUUUUUUUUUUUUUUUAAUCUAUCACAGCCUUUCUGACAGAACAAAGUGCGUAGGGACGGAGUGGUGCUUGGACACGGAGGAGAAGCGACAGCUAUCUCAGAGAGGAUACUUGUGUUUUGGAAUAGUUUAAGAGUCAGUCCGUUCUGAAAUUGGUCAGGGCCUUUAAAGGCAGGGUGUUCCUAUCUGUGAAAGCUAACAAAUAUGAUUGGAACUGUUGAGUUGUACACCAAGGGCGCUAGUGUCUGGGUGCCUGACCCAGAUGAAGUAUGGGUAUCAGCCAAGCUCCUCCAGGACUACAGCCCUGGAGACAAAAAUGUGCUGCUGCAAAUCAACGAUGGUCGGGAGGUGCUGUACCCAGUGGCGUCCCCCGCUGGCCUCCCCCCUUUAGGGAACCCUGAUAUUCUGGAGGGGGAGAAUGACCUCACUGCUCUUAGCUUCCUACACGAGCCUGCUGUUCUACACAACCUGCGGGUCCGAUUCCUGGACUACAGCAGCAUCUACACCUACUGUGGGAUUGUGUUGGUGGCUCUCAACCCAUAUGACCAGCUGCCCAUCUAUGGGGAAGAAGUGAUAGACGCAUACAGCGGGCAGGACAUGGCUGACAUGGAGCCUCACAUCUUUUCUGUGGCAGAAGAAGCCUACCGCACCAUGACCAGAGAGGAGAAGAACCAAUCCAUUAUAAUCAGUGGGGAGUCUGGAGCUGGGAAAACUGUCUCGGCCAAAUUCACCAUGCGCUACUUCGCAGUGGUUGGGGGAGCCGCCCAGCAGACCAGUGUGGAGGAGAGAGUAUUGGCCUCCAACCCCAUCAUGGAGUCCUUUGGGAAUGCCAAGACUACCCGCAACAACAACAGUAGCAGAUUUGGAAAGUACAUUGAGAUCGGCUUUGGAAGGAAGGGAGAUAUCAUCGGGGCCAACAUGAAGACAUAUCUGCUGGAGAAGUCUCGAGUGGUCUUCCAGUCAUCCCAAGAGAGGAAUUAUCACAUCUUCUACCAGCUGUGUUCCUCCAGAAACCUGCCAGAGAUGAGAGUACUCCAACUGGAUGCCGCUGAAACAUUCCACUACACAAACCAGGGAGGGAGAGAUUCCUUGCAGAUCCCAGGCACUGAUGAUAUAAUGGAUCUGGAGCACACACGCAAUGCAUUAACAAUACUGGGUGUGCUCCCUGAACAGCAGAUGGAGCUGUUCAGGAUUCUGGCAGCUGUUCUGCAUCUGGGCAAUGUCCACAUCCAGGCCAGCGGUAGAGGUGGUGACAGAAGUUACAUUGAUAGGGAAGACCGCUCCCUGGGAGUCUUUUCCAAUCUGCUGGGGGUUGAGCGGACCCAAAUGGCACACUGGCUUUGCCACCAUAAGCUGGCGGUAGGGGGAGAGAUGCUGGUCAAGCCCAUGUCUGGUCAGCAGGCCCUAGAGGCCCGGGAUGCUCUUGCUAAGCAUGUGUAUGGUCAGCUUUUCAUGUGGACCGUGACCCGGCUGAACUCAGCCCUGCGUGCCCAGGGCCAGCGGCCCAAGGCUUUCAUCGGUGUGCUGGACAUCUAUGGGUUUGAGACCUUUGAGAAGAAUAGUUUUGAGCAGUUCUGUAUAAACUAUGCUAAUGAAAAACUGCAGCAACAGUUCAACAGGCACGUCUUCCAGCUGGAGCAGGAGGAGUAUGUCCGUGAGGAGCUGCCUUGGAGCAGGAUAGAGUUCAGCGAUAACCAACCGUGCAUCGCUCUCAUUGAGGGACAGCUGGGUGUGCUCGACCUGCUGGAUGAGGAGUGCAGGAUGCCCAAAGGUUCAGAAGAGAACUGGGCAAGGAAACUGUAUGAUCAGCACCAGAGUAACAAACCAAGUCCACACUUCCGCAAACCCCGCAUGUCCAACUCUGCCUUCAUCAUCCUGCACUUUGCUGACAUGGUGCAAUAUGAAUGUGAUGGCUUUUUAGAGAAGAACCGGGACACCGUGUUUGAGGAACCCAUCAACGUUCUGAGAGCUAGUCAGUCAGAGCUGGUGGCAGAGCUGUUCCAGCAGGCGCCAGCAGGGGGCAAUCUGUCCCUGUCCGCAGGGAAGUCUUCAAUACCCAAUGGGAGUCUGUGCUCUGGCCCUGGGAAGAGGGCUCACCGAGAACACAAACUUACCGUGAGCUUCCAGUUUCGUCAGUCUCUACAACUGCUGAUGGAGGCUUUGAACAGCACCACCCCUCACUACGUCCGCUGUAUAAAGCCCAAUGACCUUAAAGAGCCCUUUGUGUUUGACCCUAAAAGAGCGGUCCAGCAGCUCCGUGCCUGCGGGGUUCUGGAGACCAUACGCAUCAGUGCUGCAGGAUUCCCAUCCAGGUGGACGUAUGCUGAGUUCUACAGCCGUUACCGGGUGCUGCUGGGUGGGAGUGGGGUUCGGAACCAGGAGCAGAUCCAGGCGUUGUGCCAGUUGGCCUUGCCGCAGCUGAUCCCAGACCCGGAGCAGUACUGCUUUGGGAAGACCAAAGUGUUCUUCCGGGCCGGGCAGGUAGCUUUGCUGGAGAGGCUGAGAGCGGAGAGGCUGAGGGCAGCGGGGGUGAUCAUCCAGAGCUGGGUGAAAGGCUGGCUGGGACGCAGGCGAUACCACAAGACCCGAUGGGCCACCCUCACCAUCCAGAGAUACACCAGAGGAGCCCUGGCCAGGCGGCUGGCCGACAUGUUGCGCUACACCAAGGCCGCGGUGGUCAUCCAGAAGACCUAUCGCAUGGUGGCCAUUAGACAGAUGUUCCUGACGAUACGCAAGGCCACGGUCACCAUCCAGGCCUUCACCAGGGGUACCCUGGCACGGCGCCAACACAGACUGGCGGUGGUGGAGAGGGCGGCUGUGCUGCUCCAGUCUGCGGUGCGGGGCUGGCUGGCACGCCAGGCCUUCCGGCGGGUGCGGGCCGCUGUGGUGCUGGUGCAGUGCUGCGUGAGGCGGAAGGCCGCCAGGAGGGAGCUGCUGAGGCGGAAGGCAGAGGCCCGCUCGGUGGAGAAGUUCCGGGAACUCAACAAGGGUAUGGAAGUCAAGCUGAUGCAGCUGCAACUCCGAGCUGACCACCAGGCCAGGGAAAGCGAGGCUCUGAGAGAAACCCUGCUGGCGGAGCGCAAAGCCCACAGUAAUGAGUUGAGCGCACUGCGGGGGGCGCUAUUGAAACUGGAAAACCAGCUUCGGACACAGCUUCAGACCCAGCAGGCUCGACCCACCUCCGUUGCCUCAGAGAAGGAGAUGGAGGAGAGGAGGAAAGCAGAGGAGCGGGCUGGCCAGGAGAUUCUACGACUCACACAGGAGUUGCAGGCUCUGCAGGCGGAGAGGAAUUCUUUGAGGAAGGAGAAGGAGGAUCUCAGCGCCCGUUUCCUAGCGCAAGAGAAGGCUCAAGAGAAGUGUGCAGCCCAGCAGGAUAAGACUCUCACAGCUGAGCUGGACGAAGAGAGGAGGAAAUAUCAGGGUCUGCUCAGAGAGUUCACCAGGCUGGAGCAGAGAUAUGAUAACCUCAGAGAGAUGAGCAUGCUCACUGAGCACUCCAGGGGGCACAGACGUACCGACUCAAACCAGAGCCUGGUCCUGGACCCCCCGUCCCCAUCCGUGUCCCUGAAGUUGCCUUGCUUUCCUGGCCCUCCUACCUCCCCGGUCACACCUCCCUUCUCCGGUUGCCCUGUUUUCCCUUCUGACGAGGAGGCGAAGAGGGUUAGCGUAACGUCCCUCACCCACGAGAGGAGAACCUGGCCUGAUGUGGAUUCACCUAUGGACAGACUGAUUAAGAACAUGGGCCUGGUUAAAGACGCUGCUGAAAAGAUGACAGGAGAAGACCUUGGACAUGCUUAUGAUGCUGUACGUGUGGCCAACAAGUUUCUGGAGGCCCAGCUGCGGAGCCAGCGUUCUCAGGAGGAGGCAGACCUGGAAGCCCGGCGCCCGCAUGCUGAACUGACCUCUUCCGACCCCUCCAGUGCAGACCAGCAGUACCUGCUGGAACUGGUGGAGGCCCGAGAGCAGGAGGUCUGCAGAAUGAGGAGAGAACUGAAGGAGCUGAGACACACUGUGACACUCCGGAGACUACUGGCAUUAACAGGUCCAGAGCUGGUCCAGCCCCCUGUCGACUCCUCUGCUCCCCAGGCCAAGGAGGGGACUGUCACAGGGUUGCUGGAGUGUAGGAAGAGGGAUGAGGCCAAACUGAUUAAGACUCUCAUCACAGACGUGAGGGUGGACGUUGGCCUCUCCCUGCCCCCUGGACUGGCUGCCAAGGUGCUGUUUCUGUGUGUACGCCAGGCAGACGGCAGUGGUGACAAGGCCCGAGCCCGUUCCCUCUGCGCGGCUACAGUUACGGCCAUAAAGGGCGCUUUAAAAAAACACUGUAAUGAUGUGGAUAUGACCGCAAUGUGGCUGAAGAACAGCUGCCUCCUGACUGACCUUCUGACCCAACACUCCACCAGACAGGAAGGUAUUCUUGGCACUGAGGAUCUGGUUCCAUUGACCACUGACCUGAGUGACUUCAUCCGUGCACUGAGUGACCUGUGUAUUCAGUCUUAUCAGCAGCUACUGUCUGUCACUGAGAGCCGCCUGCAGCCUAUCAUUGUUCCUUCCAUGCUAGAGAGUGAGAUGAUCCCGGGGCUGUCUGCUUCCGGGGUGAAGCUGGGUGGCUCCAGGAAGCGUACAGGUUCUGACCCCCGGGCCGGGGAGAGGGGCGCUGGCGAGGCCCCCAGUAUGGCCGCGGUUCUUCGCGUGCUAGGGGCCCUCCACAUGGCCCUGUCCCGUCAGGCCCUGCCACCCACCGUGACGGAGCAGGCCUUCCGCCAGCUCACCCACCUCCUCUCUGCCUCGGCCCUCAACAGCCUGCUGCUGCGCAAGGACAUGUGCAGCUGGAGCCGUGGCCUGCAGAUACGGUAUAAUGUCAGUCUGCUUGAGGAGUGGCUGCGGAGCCGGGAGCUACAGGCAGGGGGCGCUGUGGCCUUGUUGGAGCCUCUUAUCCAGGCUACUCAGCUGCUGCAAGUGGGCAAGAAGACAGAAGCGGAUGCACAGGCCCUUGUUCACAGUUGCAAUGCUCUGUCCACCCAGCAGAUUGUGAAGAUUCUGACCCUGUACACCCCUCACAGUGACCUAGAGGAGAGGGUAACACUCAAUUUCAUCCGUGUAGUGCAGGGUCUGCUGAAAGAGCGUUCAGGCAAUCAGGCUCCACAGCUGCUGCUGGAUGUACGUCGUGUGUUCCCCGUCACAUUCCCCUACCUGCCGCCUUCGCCCAUCCGUGCUGACCAGCUGGACAUCCCAGACUCCCUCAAAAUCUCCUUCCUGCGAAGGACCUGAGGGGAGCGAAACCCUCCCAUGUCUUUCACUGGUGAUUAUUCUUAUUUGGAUGUUGCUGUCUGUUUUCCUGGAGGAUGUACAGUAUAUCUAAGUGUGAAAUGUAUAUGUUAAAUAAAAUAUGAAUCAUUACUGCUCUCCUG